UUUGGUGCUUACACUCGACUUCAGCCACUUUUUUAACAACUUUUUUAACGUCUUCUUAAAUUUUUUAUAGUUGUUUUUUUCUCAUUAUUGCAUUGAUUACUGCAUAUAAAGUCUGAAAAAGAUGUCAAAUACUUCAGGUGUUAUUAAAAUGGAGGCGUUCUCUCGAUUCUCAUCGCUACCACUCGUCAACUCUGCCAUCGGUUUAGCCUCUGAUGGAUAUUCGCGUUUCAAGGGUUACAAUCGGCUGUUGUCGGCCACCCUUUCCCGAGCCGAACAGUCUUUACUAUUCAUGGCCUCCACAGCAAAGCCUGUCAUCCAAAAGCUGGAAAAGCAAAUCUCAAUCGCUGAUAACAUCGCGUGUCAGGGAUUGGAUAAACUCGAAGAAAAAGUUCCGGCGCUUAAAAAGUCCACCGAAGAGAUAAGGGACGAAACAAAGAAAUUAUUUGAUGGAAGUGUUGAGCGCAUUGGAGGGAUGCGAAAGUACAGCACCGAUACUUUACAUGUUAUCAAAGACUAUGGCUUUACUAAAGUGAACGGUAUUCUGGAUUCUCCAUACAUACGUGUCUUAACCAAAUCUAUUGACACCGCCAUCGACUUGACCCACAACGCCGUCGACCACUACUUGCCCGCCGCCGCCAACGAGAAACCGGCCGAUAAAUCUGAGGGCCAGACA